AAAAGACACCCUAAUAUCGUACAAUGUAUACAAUAAAUUAUAAUAUUUAUUAUAGUAUUGAAUUGCAAACAUUUUUGAAAAUAUUGAACUAUGAUAAACUUAAGGGUAAAGGUCACACAACGUGCCAUCAACAAAUGGGGAAAAUCUCAAAUGUGUUACUUGAAUGACUGACCUGUCAAAUAAAUGUACGUGCGAAUACCGAACAAAAUAAAAUGACUAAAACAUCACAAGAGGAUAAAUAUAAAGGCAAAUCAGAAUGUAGGAUUUUAAAUUUUUGGAGAAAAGUGACGGGCUACAUUUCUCCGAAAUUGCCAAUUGAAUUAUUUAUAUUAUCGAUAAGAAUUACAUUUGCAAUGUUAGCUGCUACAUUUAGACUUAUUGUUCCUCCUUCGAUGAAAAAUUUACUAGGCGAGACAGUGUUGAUUUCUGGAGCAGGUCAUGGAAUCGGAAGAGAAUUGGCUCUUCAAUUAGCUGCAUUAGGUUGCAUUGUUGUCUGUUGGGACAAUGAUGUCGAAGCCAAUAAAUUAACAUUGAGCAAAAUUUUAACAAAUGGAGGCGAGGCAUACGCUUUUGUUGUCGACAUUUCAAAAAGAUUGGAAGUUCGAGAGACAUUAAGAAUUAUGAGGAAAAGUGGAAUUUCCGAUGUUUCUAUUUUAAUUAACAAUGCUGAAAUUUCAUUGCAUGGACCAUUUCUUGAACAUUACUCUGACGACAUUGAAAAAAUAUUUAAUAUCAAUGUACUAUCGAAUUUUUGGACAAUACAAUCUUGUUUACCGAAUAUGUUGCAAAGUGGAAAAGGUCACAUUGUUUCUUUGUGUAAUAUGUUUGGGCUUUAUGACGCUUCAAAUAAUGUCCCUUAUUGUUCUUCGAAAUAUGCAGUAAAAGGUUUAAUGGAAUCAUUGAAAGAAGAAAUAAAAAUGGAUUCAAGAAAGCCCCAAAUUCAUUUUACUGUAAUUUAUCCCUAUUACGUCAAUGCAGGAUUGACGAAAGAAUCUAAAUAUAGGUUCCCCUAUCUAUUUGGUGCUGCUUCAUCAGAAUUUGCAGCUAAGGAAAUCAUCAAAGCUAUCAGAAGAAACUGCAGCGAAUACUCCAUACCUCGAAGUUUUCUUUAUUUGGAUACUAUUAACAGAGUCAUUCCUCUUUCGGUGAAGAACUUACUACUAGAUUUUCUUUCGAAUGUUCGAUGAAGAUUCUUCAAAUUAUUAUAAGUUUUAAUAAGUUAUAUGGGAAGAUUAUUAUGAUAAGUGUUUUAAUAAUUUAAUAACAACAUUAAACUUAUACUUACUACCGAUAAUAAUAAUUAAUUUUGAAUAUUAUUUUCAGUUCAGUAAUUACUAUAAAUACGAUUUUUAUUUUACAUUAUUAUUUCUUCUUUAACGUGCUUUUACGAGUUUUUACAUUAUAACUAAGUGGCGGACAAAAAAUAAAAACUAUACAUCUGAUUAAUGAGUCUUACUUUUAGAGAGAGUAAUUUA